CACUUUACAAUGAAACAGGAAGCUAAUAGACUAUAUAUAAAUAUCACAUGAUUUGAGCACAGUCCCAAAUCAGACCUACAGCCAUCUAUCUACACUAGAGCUAAUAAUCAACCUAGGGUGUUAAGCAUGUUAUCCCUCCUAAUACUGCUGCUGAAUCUUACCAAUCAUGCUUUUGGACAAAAUCCUGCAAUAAAGGCCAUAUUGACAAAUAAAGGACUUCAAUAUGGGUCACACAUUGGGGCUGAUUGGAUGCAGGAGAAGAUAGGUAGUGUGAUCAUACCAGAUGUCAGAGGUGGUGUUGACAUUGGUAUAGGAACGGUGCACUACGUCCUUGACGGAAUCUCAGUGUCUGGGUGUGAUGUUCCAGAGCCUUCAGUGGAGUUCUAUGAGGGCGUGGGACUCAAGGCUGUGAUCAGUGGCCUCAGCAUUUCAAUGAGUGGAAAUUGGCACACACGUUUUGGCAUCAUAACCGAUGGUGGCUCAUUUGACCUGGCAGUGUUCAAUGUGGAUGUGACCUCUGUGGUGCAGAUAGGAAGUGAUCCGAGUGGACACAUUUCUAUCUCCAGCAAAAACUGUGAUGCCAAGGUCGGCGAGGCAUCAAUCAAUUUCCAUGGAGGCGCUAGUUUGAUCUUCCAGCCAUUUGUGAGCCUUUUCCACCAUCGCAUUAAAGCUAUAAUUGAGGAAAGAAUCUGCCCAUUGGUUGAGGAGCAUGUUACCGAUUUGGAGCGACAUCUAGCAGAAAUGCAAGUGUCCUUCAAGGUCAAUUCUGCUCUAGUUUUGGACGUCCCCCUCACUAACUCACCCCUCGUCGAUUCUAUUAGCCUUGGUCUGGAUUUGAAGGGUGAGUUCUACAGUGUUCAGAGUCACACAGAUCCUCCUUUUAAGGCAGAGCCUUUUCAUCUGGCAGAGGACAAAGGCCACAUGCUCUCCCUGGGCCUGUCUGAAUUCACUGUCAACUCUGCAUCCUAUGCUUACUUCUCCGCUGGACUCCUGCAGGCCCAAAUAAACGACAGCAUGAUCCCCAAGACCUCUCCUUUCCGUCUCAACACAACCUCCUUCGGGCCUCUCAUCCCUCAGCUUCCCAAGCUCUUCCCCAACAUGCUGAUGGAACUACAGGUGUAUGCCAGGGACCUUCCAAUGUUUUCCUUCCAGGCUGAUAAGUUGACAAUGGAAUUUCCAGGUGCUGUUAAGGCCUUUGCCAUCCAGCCAAAUGCUUCACGGACUCCACUGUUCAAGCUCAAUGUUGACUCCAUUUUUAGUGGGACGAUACGCAUUUCAGAAGAGAAACUCAAAGGCUUGGUGGAACUAAGCAAUUUUACCCUGACACUUGCAUCAAGUGAAGUGGGAACAUUCCAGACUGCAGCCCUGGAAAAGUUUAUGAAGCUGGGGAUGAAGAUUUCAGUGUUAGCUAAACUGAAUGCCAAACUGGAGGAGGGCAUUGUUUUACCCACCAUGCACCACAUCCAUCUGGUUAACCCUGCGCUGAAGAUCCAGCAGGGAUUUGUGUCCAUUGCAUCAGACCUUGAUGUUAAAUCUGGCGAGGGAGAGAGCCUUUCUGAAGGGAUUUACCAUUACCGACUUGUUCGCUAUGGCAAGGUUUACAAGGCUACAGUAAACAUGUAGUCCCCCAAGCAGUGCUUAAUUUGAGCCAGAACAGGAUCCGGCACCUCUCAGAUUUGAUUUAUUUCGUUCAGGUGUGGUGUCGAAAAGAUCCCCCCUGCCAGAAUCCCCCCCCCCCCUUCACGUGAACACGCACACACUCAAUUCUUCAUUGUUGCAACUUGAAAAAAUAAAUCUCUUUACCAACAUU